AUGACAACAGCAUCCAGAAGAGCCCUAAACAGUCAAAAAAUCAUGGAAAACAUUAAAGACACGUUAAAAAAAAUAAAUUUUUCACACAUUGGAAUGAUUACCAGAGAAAAUGCCUUAGUCCCUCCUUGGACAGCCAAAUUAGACAUAAACUUAGAAAUAAAUAUACUUCAAAAAAAUGUUACGCUACCACAUACAUAUAGACAAUACUUUAUGCAAAUAAGAGAACUUUUUAAAGAUUACACCGAAAUUUACACUGAUGGUUCCAAAUCUGACAAAGGUGUUGGUGCAGCAGUGGCAUGUCAAGAUACGGAAAUAAUGUUAAGACUGCCAAAUGAAUGUUCCAUAUACACCGCGGAAGCACAAGCCAUAAUUCAAGCUCUAGAUCUUAUUAAAAAUAAAAAUAUUCAAAAAGCCAUAAUAUUUAGUGAUUCUCUUAGUACACUUAAGAGUAUACAAAACUCCAUUAGACCAAACGAGAUAGCAAGAACAAUCCAGAACCAAAUAUAUACAUUACAAAAAGAAAACAUCAUCAUACAAAUAAUCUGGAUACCAAGCCAUACAAAUAUCAUUGGAAAUGAAAGAGCUGAUAAACUUGCUAAAGAGGCCAUCGUGUCACCAAAUGCAAUCCAAUGUCAAGUGUAUUCAAUUGCCGACAUCAAACAAAUAAUUAAAAAAACAAUCCUCAAUAUCUGGCAAAAUGAAUGGAAAUCAUCUAAUACUAAAUUAAAUGAAAUUAAAAAUCAUAUUCUCCCUUGGCCUAACAACACACUCACAAGGAAAGAAGAAGUAGUCAUCAAUAGGCUCAGAAUAGGCCAUACCAGAUUAACUCAUGCUUUCCUAAUGAAGAAAGAAGACCCACCUAUAUGCCCUACCUGCAACGAUCCUAUGACAGUUAAACACAUCAUCAACGAUUGCAGAAAGUAUGAACUACAACGUCAAAAAUAUAAUCUAACCAACCAUAUUGCUGAAAACCUUAACAUCGAUACAACCAAUGUUCUAAAAUUCCUCAGAGACACAGAACUUCAUAAAAAAAUUUAA